AAAAAGACAACAAUAGUUCUAACAGUCUCAAUUCAUGUUAAUCGUUCACUUUAUAUUUAAAUGUACCAUCGAAAAGAAGAAGACGCAAUAAAGAGACUUAGUUUAUUAAAAUUAAAAAAUUUAAAUAAUUAUAAUUGAAGAACUUGUCAACACUUUAUCAAUCGAAUAACAAAUAGAUACCCCCCGUCCGCUAGUAACUGCUCCCGAUCCCGAACAAAGUUCAUACUAUUUCAUUAAUACUUAAAUCAGUCGAAAUAACGAACGCACGACAACGACCUGCCGAUAUGAGUGAAAGUGCUGGUACAACUAGUAAUUUUCGAAGUCCCGUAAUAUCGGAAUCGAAUUUAGUACCCCCCGCAGGUCUGGGAGGAGUUGGUGGCAAUAGCAUGACCAACAGUGGUAAUCUAACCCUGAGGACACCAGCUGGCAAUGUAAGAUCAUUGGCGGCACCUCCACUACCUGUGGCACCAUCAGCAUUCGGGGCAGGUGGUUAUGGUACUUCGGCCUACGGUGGUUAUGGAACAGGUGGAUAUGGCGCUGGAGGUUAUGGCUUUGGAAGUAGUUUCGGAGGUAUGGGUGGCUAUGGAGGUUAUGGAAGUUACGGCAGCGGAUAUGGAGGCUACGGUGGAUUUGGUGGAGGUUAUAGUGGUUUUAGCCGUUUCGGCGGUGGCAUGAAUCCAAUGGAUCCUGAAGCCCGCUUUAUACAACUGGCUGAGGCCAGUUCAAGACCAGCAUUCCAAAGCAUUGAAUCUUUGGUUAUGGCAAUUGGAAAUAUUGCUUCCAUGUUGGAUUCAACAUUUUUUGCUUUGACCAGCAGUUUUCGGGCUAUACUGGGUGUAGCUGCCAACUUUGGUCGAUUGCGUGGAGUUUUCUCACAGUUCUGGCAUACAUUUGCCUUAUUCCGUGGCAUAACAUGGCUGUACAGAAAGCUUCUCUAUUGGCUACGUAUUUCUAAUAUUGAUCCCUCCUCGGAAUCCUUUAAGAAAGCCUUUGCCGAGGCAUUAAAUGAAACAUCAACCCAACAAGGUGCUCCCAAAUUGCCACGUAAAGGGCAAUCCCCCUGGCCAGUGGUGGCAUUCUUAAGUUUCAUUUUUACCGCACCAUAUUUAAUCAUGAAGUUGCUAGGAACCGUAUCUCAGACAGCACAGGAAGAAGCUCGAAAUCCCAACAAAUGGAUACAAUCAAUUGAAUCUGUAGCUCUAUACGAUUUCCAAGCUAGAAAUUCAUCAGAAAUAAGUAUAUCAAGUGGACAACGUGUCAUAAUUGCUCCAAAAGAAAUACAAAAUACAUUGGGUCUGCUUAAUACCGGUUGGGCAAUGGCUACAACAGAUGGACAAAAUGCUGGCAUCAUACCGAUAAAUUAUGUCAAAUCCCCACAACAAAUGAGACAGGAACAACUUAUAAAACCAGCACUAGACAUACAACCCCAACAAGCACCUCAACAAAUGCCAAUUCAACAAUUAAGUCAUAGUAAUUUUGAAGCUCAGCAGCCACAAUUAAUGAAUCUGUCACCCAAUGCCUUCCCAUCGCCGCCUGUCAAUGAUUCUGCAGCAACCGUAGUUGAUGAUUUCGAUUUUGAAAUUGCUCCCCAACCAAUAGGUCCUCCACAAACAGCUGAUGUAGCCUUGCAAAAUGGAUUUUAAACAUAAUUAAAAAACGAAAAGGUUUUAAUACACAAAUACAUUCUAAUCGAUACAGACCUUAUAUAGAUCAUAGCGUAAAUAUUAGAAGAAUUCGUUAUUAUUUUUGCAAACCUUAAUUUUUUGUUAUUGUUUUACUAUGUAUAUGUAUAUGUCGGUACUGAAGUAGACUUUAAGAGAAACGUAAGAGAUUGAUGUCAUCUUCAAUGUACACAUAAUAUGCCUUAGUUGGAUAUAAGUUAUGUUUGUAUUAUCUUUGUUUAAGCUUUUUUUUAUAUAUUUUUUAAUAUUGUAUGCGUAAGAUAAAGGGAAAUUAAGGGCGGCGAAAUCAAUAUAAGGAAGAUUUAAUUAUACCUCGAUAAAAUUUAAUAAAUCUAUAUAUAUAAAUGUAA